AAGUCUAACUUUCCUCUUCGUCGUGUAGGUCCAGCAAUGACUACCUCUUUGUGAGCAUCCUCAAGUACUGCGUAAAUACAUGUAUAUAACCAUGACCUACAACUCCGAGAUUCAAUUCACCCUCGACACCAUCUGUCCCUGGACCUAUCUCGCCAAACGCCGACUCGACCAAGCGCUCGCUCAAAUCCGCUCCGACGACUUUGCAGGAGCCCAGGGAGGUACCAAUAGCUCCCCGGUACACUUCACCGUCAUUUACAAGCCCUACCAACUCUACCCAGACGCCUCUCGGGAAGGCGAAGACAAAUAUGCGUGGUAUCGGCGCACACGCUAUGGCGACAGCGCGGAGAAGAUGGAGAAAUACAUGAUGCUGAUGUCUUCGUAUGGAAAAUCCGAGGGGAUCGAUUUCAAAUUUGGGGGCACGAUUGCGAGUACGUUGAUGGCGCAUCGGAUGAUUCAGUUCUGGCAGGAGAAGAAGGGGCCGGAGACGGCGGAUCGGUUGGUGAAGAGUCUCUAUCGACAGUAUUUUGAAGAGGAGAGGCAUCCGAGCUCGCGGGAGACGUUGAUGGCGGCGGCCAAGGAAGCUGGGCUGGAUGUGGGAGAGGCAGAGCAGUUUGUGGAGGAUGAAGACGAGGGUUUGCAGGAGGUGAAGAUGCUGAUUAGAGAGCAAGCGGGUAAUGGGAUUGAUGCUGUUCCAUAUAUUGUGAUUGAGGGUAAGAGGCGGGAUAUUACGCUGGAAGGUGCAAAGACUGUGGACGACUAUGUCAAGGCUUUGAAAACAAUUAUCAAGGAAAGUGUGUGAAGAGCAUGCAUUAUAAACUGUUGUUUGUUUCACAGAGGACGACAAUGUCUUUUUGAGCGACAGGGCACCACCGGCAUACCUACCUAUGCAACGAG